AUGUCGGAGGAAUCGAAAGUAGAAUCAGUUGAGUUUAUUGAGGAUAAACAUGUUCAAUAUGUCAUUGACCAAGAUUCUCAUAGAUCUUUUGAAUAUUGGUUAUCUGAACAUUUGAGAUUGAAUGGAUUAUAUUGGGGUGUUACAACCUUAAUCACUAUGAAUAAAUUAGAUGUACUACCUGAAAAUGAAGUAAUUGAAUUUGUUAUAUCGUGUUGGGAUGAAAAACUGGGAGGGUUUGGAGCAUUUCCUAAUCACGAUGGUCAUUUGUUGUCUACCCAUUCUGCAUUGCAAAUUCUUAAGAUAUACGACAAUGAUUUAAAGAUUCUCGAUACUAAACGUUCAAAAAUUAUUUCUUUUGUUAAGAACUUGCAAUUGGAAGAUGGUAGUUUCCAAGGUGAUAGAUUCGGAGAAGUAGAUACUAGAUUUAUUUAUAAUGCAGUUUCUUGUUUUGCAUUGUUAGGAGAAUUGACUCCAGAUAUAACUGAACCUGCAACUAAGUACAUUUUAAAGUGUCAAAAUUUUGAUGGCGGGUUUGGAUUAGUUCCUGGCGCCGAAAGUCACGCUGCACAAGUCUUCACGUGUUUGGCAGCAUUGGCUGUUGUUGAUAGUUUACAUAUAGUACAGGAAGAUACAAGACUUAUUGAUUGGCUUAGUGAAAGACAAGUUUUACCUAGCGGUGGAUUUAAUGGAAGGCCUGAGAAAUUACCAGAUGUUUGCUACAGUUGGUGGGUUUUGUCUAGUUUAGCAAUGUUGGGUAAACAACAUUAUGUAGAUUUAAAAAAAUUAGAGAAUUUCAUAUUGACAUGCCAGGAUUUUCAAGAAGGGGGUAUAAGUGAUAGACCAGAUAAUCAAACAGAUAUAUAUCAUACGUGCUUUGGAAUUACAGGCUUAAGUCUAAUAGAUUAUAAGAAAUACAAUUUUAAAGAGAUUGAUCCAAUAUACUGUAUGCCUGUUGAAGUUACAAUGAAAUUUAAAAAGUGGAAAUAUAACGAUAUACCUGUAUAG